UGCAUAGAAAAAUUGGCGAACGCCUCUCUCUUUCUCUGUCCGCCGCGCCAGCAGAACAAAUAUGACAUCUCUCUCUUUCUGACCUUGAGAGAGAAAAGUGAAGAGAGAGAGAAGCAUAUGAAAACAAUGGAAUUUUGUGUUGUGAUUCGUAAUUUUUUCUUCCUUAGGAGAGGAACAUAGCAUAUAGUGGGGAAAUGGGGAGGUGAGUUCCUGUUGAAGCCGCAGGCUGCACAGGGACAAACAUAAAGAAAGAAGAAAACAAAAAAAAAAGACUCCCAGAAAACUGAAACUUUUCUUUGUGCAGAGAUAUAUUCAUCUUUUAUAUGUCGGUUCAUGAAUUGGGGGUUUUCUCAUUUCCUCAUAGUUGAAUUUAUUUGGGUUCAAAAUUGAAUUUUGAACCAUUUUUGGGAAAAAGAAGGAGAAUUGGGUAUUUAGCUAAAUUGGGAAAAGAGGUUUCUGAAUUGGUUUCUUGAUUUUCUGUGGCUUUUAUUGAUUGGAGUUGGAUUUUCGAGCUGUCCCCACUCAUGAAAAAUUUAUAUGACUGGUGUUCGUGAACUGUUUCAUUUCCAGUUUUGACUUUUUGGUAAAUUUACUUUGGAAGUUGAUCAGUUCUUUGAAGUGAAUUGAGUGUUCAUUUAGGUUGAUUAGAAAGGUUGGGUGGUUGGAUGUUGUGUAUUAGGUUUGCAUCUUCUUGAAUCAUAGUUGUCUUGAAAGAUGGCUUCAGGUAUGGGGCUUGCUGAAGACAAUGGUGAAACUAAAGGAGACAUGUGGGAUUUAGACCAAAAGAUUGAUCAGCCUAUGGAUGAAGAGGCAGGAAGACUAAGAAAUAUGUAUAGAGAAAAGACUUUCUCGUCAUUGUUGCUUCUGCGGCUUGCUUUUCAGAGUCUGGGAGUGGUUUAUGGAGACUUGGGAACGUCUCCUUUGUAUGUGUUCUACAAUACAUUUCCCCAUGGAAUUGAUGAUACAGAGGAUGUCAUUGGCGCACUUUCACUAAUUAUAUAUUCCCUCACACUUAUCCCUCUCCUCAAAUAUGUUUUCAUAGUUUGUAGAGCAAACGACAAUGGCCAAGGUGGGACUUUUGCUCUUUAUUCUUUGUUAUGUCGCCAUGCUAAGAUAAAGACAAUUCCCAACCAACACCGGACAGAUGAAGAGCUUACAACUUAUAGUCGCAGCACAUUCCAUGAGCACUCAUUUGCUGCAAAAACAAAAAGAUGGUUGGAGGCAUAUCCAUUCAGGAAGAACUCGCUUCUUAUUCUUGUAGUUAUAGGCACUUGCACGCUAAUAGGUGAUGGAAUUCUUACUCCGGCUAUAUCAGUUCUUUCAGCUUCUGGUGGGAUCAAGGUGGACCAUCCAAAUAUGAGUAAUGAUGUUGUAGUGAUUGUUGCUGUCAUUAUAUUAGUUGGUCUAUUUAGCGUACAACACUACGGAACAGACAGGGUUGGUUGGCUGUUUGCUCCAGUUGUGCUGCUUUGGUUUCUUUUAGUAGGAGGUAUUGGCAUCUUCAAUAUCUGGAAAUAUGAUAGCUCUGUUGUGAGGGCCUUUUCUCCUGUGUACAUAUAUAGAUAUUUUAGGAGGAGAAAGAAAGACGGUUGGACAUCCCUGGGAGGAAUAAUGCUCAGCAUCACAGGAACAGAGGCACUUUUUGCUGAUCUUGCUAAUUUUCCAGUGUCAGCAAUACAGCUUGCUUUCACAGUCAUUGUUUUCCCUUGCCUUCUUUUAACAUAUAUGGGGCAAGCAGCAUACCUCAUGCAAAAUAAGGAACAUGUUGUCGAUGCAUUCUACCGUUCUAUUCCAGAUAGCAUAUACUGGCCUGUUUUUAUUGUUGCAACAUUAGCUGCUAUCGUUGCAAGUCAAGCAACAAUCACCGCUACGUUUUCAAUAAUCAAGCAAGCUCUGGCACAUGGCUGUUUCCCAAGAGUCAAGGUAGUACAUACAUCAAAGAAGUUCCUCGGCCAGAUAUACAUUCCUGAUAUAAAUUGGAUCCUUAUGGUUCUUUGCAUUGCUGUGACUGCUGGAUUCAGAAAUCAAAGCCAAAUUGGCAACGCAUAUGGAACGGCAGUUGUGAUAGUCAUGUUGGUGACGACAUUCCUCAUGACCUUAAUAAUGCUACUAGUUUGGCGCUGCCAUUGGAUUCUUGUCCUCAUCUUCACCUUCUUAUCUCUGGUGGUUGAAUGUACCUACUUUUCAGCGGUGCUAUUUAAGGUUGAUCAGGGUGGUUGGGUUCCACUUGUGAUCGCUGCAGCUUUUUUUGUCAUCAUGUAUGUCUGGCAUUAUGGAACUGUGAAACGUUAUGAAUUUGAAAUGCACAGCAAGGUAUCAAUGGCAUGGAUUCUUGGACUUGGCCCCAGCUUAGGACUUGUACGUGUCCCUGGGAUAGGACUUGUCUACACUGAGCUAGCUAGUGGAGUGCCACAUAUCUUUUCUCACUUCAUCACAAAUCUGCCGGCAGUACAUUCAGUUGUAGUAUUUGUCUGCGUGAAGUAUCUUCCAGUGUACACUGUUCCAGAAGACGAGAGGUUCCUCAUGAAGCGCAUAGGACCCAAGAGUUUUCACAUGUUCCGUUGUGUUGCGAGGUAUGGUUACAAGGACCUCCAUAAGAAAGACGAGGAGUUUGAGAGGAAGCUAUUUGAUAACCUCUUCCUGUUUGUCCGGCUGGAGAAUAUGAUGGAAGGUUGCUCUGACUCCGAUGAAUACAGCUUAUACGGGCAGCAAACUCAGCAUUCAGCAGAUUACCUACUGCGAAGUAAUGGCAACUCAACUACAGGAAAUAAUGACUACACAUGUUCGACUGUGGACUCAAUAAUUCCUGUAAAGUCUCCUACUCAAGGGCACAACAACACAGUCACAUCAUCAGGCCGCGAGAGCAGCCAGGCAGAAGCGGAUGAAAUGGAAUUCUUAAAUCGUUGUAGAGAUACUGGGGUUGUACACAUUCUUGGAAACACUGUAGUUAGAGCAAGGAGGGACUCUAGGUUCUACAAGAAAAUUGCUAUCGACUAUAUUUACGCGUUUCUUAGGAAAAUAUGCAGGGAAAAUAGUGUAAUCUUCAAUGUCCCUCAUGAGAGCCUAUUAAAUGUUGGACAGAUAUUCUAUGUAUAAUUUUUGUUUCAACAAAAUGAAUGAACUGAUCAUAUCAAAGGAUAUUAUCCAUCAAUCAUGAGAUGUCUAGUUCACCAAAAA